AUGUUCACCCAAAAAGCUCCUUUCGUUCCAUUUGUCAGUUUGUUGCUGCUAACGUACGUAAUAUCGGUUAGUUCGCAGAGUGACCCGGCCCGACCCAUCAUCGACUGUCCCGCUGGACAGGUGCAGGGUACAACGGAAUCUUGCGGACUGUUCUGCACGUACUAUUCGUUCAAAGGUGUGCCGUAUGCGGAACCACCGGUAGGAUCAUUGCGGUUUCGCAAUCCGGUUCCGCGUGCACGAUGGCAGGGCGUUCGCGAUGGUAGCAAUCAUGGUUCCGAGUGUCUACAGGUGACCCUCAUUCCCGGACAGACCCGUGGUAACGAGGACUGCCUAUACCUGAACGUUUACACGCAGCAACUGAUUGGCAUGCGUCCGGUAAUGGUUUGGAUACACGGCGGAGGUUACGGAGCCAAUUCGGGGAAUAUUGAGGAAUUUGGACCAGAAAAGUUGAUACAGGACAAUGUGCUGCUCGUGACAAUAAACUAUCGAUUGGGUGCAUUGGGUUUUCUUAGCACCGGAGAUCGCUAUGCCGCCGGUAAUUGGGGGCUUAAAGAUUGUCUCCAGGCUCUCCGGUGGAUACGCAGCAAUAUUGCUGCCUUCGGUGGUGAUCCAGACAAUGUAACGAUCUUCGGCAAUUCGGCCGGUGCUGCAUUGGUACAUCUGCUGGUGCUGACCGACGCUGGACAGGGGUUGUUUCAUAAAGCGAUUGCCCAAAGCAGCACUGCGCUGGUACCGUACGCUUUCCAGACAAGACCAAAAUUCUACGCAGAUCGUAUCGCGCUGGCCUUUGGAUUUGGCACUGACAGCAGCACGUACGUCGACCUGCUGAGAACCAUUCCGGCGGAACAGUUUAUUCCGUUCCAGGAGGCUGCGUUCACCAUUCCGGUGCCAAGAUUUCUUCGUCCGCUCGAUUUUGGCCCUGUGGUCGAACCGGCCGAUGCACCGGAAGAAACCAUCAUACGGCAGCGCCCGAUAGAGCUUAUCCGAUCCGGUGCCCAUCGUGUUCCGUUCAUCGUUGGGUACACGGAUCUCGAAGGUGCCUUUUUCACUGCACUGGAGAAUGCGAUCGAUCCGACGGUAAAGGGACAGUUCAAUGCAAAUCCUCAUUUGUUAGUGCCUUUCUUCUGGAACGUAGGUGAAGGGUCCGCAUCUUCCAGCCAGAUAAGUGGCACAUUUCGUCAACAUUACUGGCAAAGUCAACCGUUGACGGCUAGUUUGGAUUACGAGUGGACAGUUUAUCAGACCGACCAUCAGUUCUUGUUUGCCAUCGAUCAAACGGUCAGACUACACGCUCAAACUUCCUCUGUCCCGCUGUACUACUAUCAGUUCACUUACGAUGGGGAUUUGAAUUUGUAUAAGAAGAUCUUUGGCGUACAACAUCCGGGAGCGAUACACACGGAUGAGCUUCCGUACGUGUUCCACAUACCGGCGGCUAUGCUGGAACCGGUUACACCCGACAGUCAUGCAAACACCGUGAGCAGUCGUGUCGUUCGGAUGUGGACGAACUUUGCAAGAACUGGUAAUCCAACUCCGAUGCCGGAAGCAUUAUUACAAAACGUUUUGUGGCCCAUGGUUGCAGCAACGGGUACAGGCUAUCUUUCUAUUGGGCACGAUUUAGCGGCAAUCCCACAAACUCCUAAUCCAACCCGCAUGAACCUAUGGUACAACCUGCAGCAAACGUAUGCAAACGCACCAUUCGAAAUAUGA